UUCCUUCCUUUUUACCAAGUCUCUCUAGUCUCUGUCUGUCCAUGACCAAGUUUCUCAACACAGAAAGAAAAACUCCUUGCUUUCCCUUCGCUUGUGUUCGUCUACCGGCGUCUGAAUUAUAAUAGUAGAAUCUCGAGCCAGACAGUUCCCAUAUCCGAUUUUACCCCUCUCUCAAUAUCUCUUCAUACGCUGCAACCAUACUGUUGACUUCUAGUGGAAUACCAAUUUUAAAGGUGGCUUGCAGUUCCACCUGCUAAAAGACUAGUUUGGUUUUUCCUACCCGAUGCGGUGACUUAAGCUUAUAUCUGGACCUUGAAUCCGAAUUGAACACGGCUGUUGCGAGCACAAUGGGAGGACGCAGUUCCAAAGGUUCCACUCCGCAUAACAGGUUCUCAGAUGCCAAUGGUCCUUACAAUAAUUAUGCAGCUGGCCGUACCCUUUAUCAACCAAAUGACUUCAAAUCAAACUCAGCAAAGGAGGAUAAAUCAAAUACGCAAAGUAAUGGUAGUCCUUCACAAGGACGUAAAAGUGUAGAGAAGCAACCACAUGAAUGGAAGCAAUUAAAUGAACCCAGUUUGUUUCCCGAGAUCAGCACAACUGAUUAUGGAAGCAGUGAGGAUGAUUUUUAUGACGGAAUUCCACGUUUUCCAAGGGCUCUAUCGCAAAAGUCUCGAUCAAGGAGGUCUAAGCAAACGGGUCUGGCAAAGGGUUCAGAAGCGGGUUCUCGCCUAGGCAAACCUCGUAGUCUUCGGCUUGGGAAGGCUGUAGAAGUCUUAGAUUCUCUCGGGAGUAGUGUGACGAGUUUAAACCAAAGCAGUGGCUUUGUUUCUGGUGUUAAAACAAAAGGCAGUGAACUUCAAAUUUUGGCGUUUGAGGUUGCCAACACAAUUGUUAAGGGUUCUAAUCUUAUGCAGUCCAUUUCGAAACGGAGCAUACGACAGUUGAAAGAAGUGGUGUUUACUUCUGAAGGGGUGCAAUGUUUAGUUUCAAAAGACAUGAAUGAACUCCUAGCUACUGUUGAUGCUGAUAAGAGGGAUGAGUUCAGAACUUUCACGGCAGAAGUAGUUCGUUUUGGAAAUCGUUGUAAAGAUUCUCAGUGGCACAACUUGGACCGCUACUUCGAGAAGCGUAGCAAAGAACUUGCCCCUCAGAACCAGUUGCAGGAAGAAGCAGAGCAGAAGAUGCAGCAAUUGAUGACUUUGGUUAUCCGUACUGCUGACUUGUACAAUGAGAUGCAGGCAAUUGACAAGCUUUCUGAGCAAGAUUGUCAACGUAAGCGUCUAGAAGACGAUAAUCCAUAUGCAACUCAAAGAGGUGACAGCCUUUCAUUCUUGAGGACAGAUUUGAAAAGCCAAAGGAAGCUUGUAAAAAACUUGAAAAAAAAGUCACUCUGGUCUAAGAGUUUGGAAGAGGUCAUGGAGAAACUUGUUGACAUUGUCCUCUUUUUGAAUCGGGAGAUACAACAUGUCUUUGGCAGUGCUGAUUGUGAUAAACCAGCGGGAGGAUCUCUGGUCAAUCAGCAAAGGUUAGGACCAUCUGGUCUUGCAUUGCAUUAUGCUAACAUUGUCAUCCAGAUUGACACAAUUGUAGCCCGAUGCAAUUCGAUGCCUUCCAGUUUAAGGGAGUCGUUGUACCAGGGCCUGCCUCCGAAUAUGAAAGCAUCGUUGCGAUCCAAACUUCUGUCUUUUCACGUAAAAGAUGGGCUCACUGUGACGGAAAUUAAGGAUGAGAUGGAGAAAACAUUGCAGUGGCUUGUUCCGAUGGCCAUAAACACAGCAAAAGCCCAUCACGGUUUUGGUUGGGUUGGAGAGUGGGCAAAUACCGGGUCAGGAGCAAAUCGGAAGCCAGCUGGUCCAAUUGAUGUGAUUCAAAUUGAGACUUUCCACUACGCCGACAAGGAGAAGAGUGAAGCUUGUAUUAUUGAGCAACUGUUGUGGCUUAACCAUUUGAUAAAGCAGACCAAAGUUGAUGCAAAUGGUGGUGAGAGAAGGAUGCCCAUGAGAUCUCCGUCUCACAAAACCCUCGGAACAAAAGAUCAGAAUCCCGUGCCAUUGGCCACUAGUGCCCCAUCACCCAAACGAACCCUCCAAUCAAAAGAACAGAAUCCCGUGCCAUUGGCCUCUAGUGCCCUGUCAACCAAAGCAAGUACUGAAGAUGAAGAGAAGCUGCAAGACAUAAGCAAUGAAAGCGGACACAAGGAAUAAGAGAUCCUGAUCCUGUGGAAAAACAAGUUAAGAAUACGUGACAGACAGAGCAAGAGUAGCUGUUAUCUCCGACAUGCAGAACUGAAGAACCUACUUCCAGUUAAGGGCCUUUCUUCUUGCAUUGCUGUUAUUGGAUUUGGUUUGGAUAAGGUUAAACUUUGUAUUUCAUCGACAUAGUGGGGACAUCGCAGCCAUUGGUUUGGAGGCCUCGUUGUUGUAUUAUCCAGAAAAAGUAGUAGGAGUACCAAGUAUAGGAGGCUUAUUCUAGAUGUGGUAUAAGUGCUUUCUUAGAAAAGCACAGAUUAGUUCCCCUUUUCUUCAUUCUUUCAAGGUUUUGGCAAGGGAUGGCAGCUAUAAGAUAGGAUAUAUAGACGACUCAUUAUGUACAGAAGUAAACUUUUGUUUUUCAAGCUUGUGAUUAUUGAGUGGA